CCCGCGCCAAGGGGGGUGACCGUCCCGUUGGGGCGGUCUGGGGCUGCCUUAGGGCAGGUGGGCUUUCCGGCGCGGGGACAUUUUCAAGGAAGAACCGGGAUUGGUCCAGAGGCGCGAAGCGGGCAUUUCACACUGUGCUGAGGGUAUCACGCGACCCCGAGUCCAGGCGAGCUUUCGCGGAGACCCCAGCCGUGCGCCCCCUAGCCGGACGCCAGCCAGGGGGCGGGGAAGGGGCGUGGCCAACGCGGGAGGCCCGCCCACCCCUCUGCAGAGGCCGCGCGCCCCGCCCCCUCCUCCUUGGGGCGGGUCUCGCGCGGGCGGGGCUGGAUCCCGAGGGCAGCGGGCCGCGCCCCCGCAGCGCUGCUGCACCGCCGCGCGGGUCUGGGGCCGCGGGGCGGGGCGCUGACGUCGUUGCGCGGCCGGCGGCCGGGGAGGCCGGGAGGCGGCGGCCGGCUCGACCCAGCCCAGCCCGCAGCUGCGGCGGCCGGGUGUGCGGGCUGGCGGCGGCGGCGGCGCUCCGAGCCGGCUCUUGACUGUCCUCCGCCGCUGCCAAGUUACUCACUCGGGCCCCGCGUCUGCGCCGGGUUCGGCCUGCCUUCGCCCGCCGCCGCUUCCCCAGUCAUGGCCCUGGUGCGGGACGCCGAGCCGGCGGCGGGGCCCACCCGCUGGCUGCCCACACACGUCCAGGUGACGGUGCUGCGGGCCCGCGGGCUCCGGGGCAGGAGCUCGGGCGCGGGAAGCACCAGCGACGCGUACACCGUGAUCCAGGUGGGCCGCGAGAAGUACAGCACAUCGGUGGUGGAGAAGACGACGGGCUGCCCCGAGUGGCGUGAGGAGUGUUCUUUCGAGCUGCCGCCAGGCGCUCUGGAUGGCCUGCUGCGGGCGCAGGAGGCCGAUGCGGGCCCGGCCCCCUGGGCCGCGGGCCCCGCCGCCGCCUGCGAGCUGGUACUCACCACCAUGCACCGCUCGCUCAUCGGCGUCGACAAGUUCCUGGGCCAGGCCACCGUGGCGCUGGACGAGGUCUUCGGUGCAGGCCGCGCCCAGCACACGCAGUGGUACAAGCUGCACUCCAAGCCCGGCAAGAAGGAGAAGGAGCGUGGGGAGAUCCAAGUCACCAUCCAGUUCACCCGCAGCAACUUGAGUGCCAGCAUGUUCGACCUGUCUGUGAAAGACAAACCGCGGUCCCCCUUCAGCAAGAUCAAGGACAAGAUGAAGGGCAAGAAGAAGUACGAGCUUGAGUCCGCUUCUGCCAUCCUCCCCAGCAGUGCCCCCGAGGACCCCGAGCUGGGCAGCCUCAGCAAGAUGGGUAAAGCCAAGGGCUUCUUCCUCCGCAACAAGCUGCGCAAGUCGUCACUGACCCAGUCUAACACCUCCCUGGGCUCUGACAGCACCCUGUCCUCGGCCAGUGGGAGCCUGGCCUACCAGGGCCCUGGCUCCGAGCUCCUCACCCGCUCGCCGAGCCGCAGCAGCUGGCUGUCCUCCGAAGGGGGCAGGGACUCGACGCAGUCCCCCAAGUUGCUCGCCCACAAGAGGACCUACAGCGACGAGGCCAGCCAGAUGCGAGCCGCUCCGCCCCGGGCCCUCCUUGACCUGCAGGGCCACGUCGAUGCCACUGCCCGCUCCUCGCUCUGUGUCAACGGGAGCCACAUUUACAAUGAGGAGCCCCAGGGCCCUCUGCGGCACCGCAGCUCCAUCUCGGGCCCGUUCCCACCCGCCAGCGCCCUGCAUGGUGCCUCUUCCCAGCCCUCCGAGGAGGGGCCCCGGUCCGCGGAUGACCCGGGCAGAGGUGGCCGCAGCACCAGCAGCUCGGAGGCCGUGCCCGGACAUGGGGAGCAGAGCGCCCAGGCCAAAGGGCUGGCUGCCGGGGCGGAGGAGGGGUCCCGGCUGCUGGAGGGGAGGCCGGUCCAGGUGGCCACGCCCAUGGUGGCCUCCUCCGAGGCUGCAGCGGAGAAGGAGGGAGCCCGGAAGGAGGAGAGGAAGCCCCGGAUGGGCCUCUUCCAUCACCACCACCAGGGGCUGAGUCGGGGCGAGUUGGGGCGCCGCAGCUCACUGGGGGAGAAGGGGGGUCCCACCCUGGGGGCCUCCCCCCACCACACAUCCAGCGGGGAGGAAAAGGCCAAGAGUAGCUGGUUUAGCUUGCGCGAGGCCAAGGAGGCAACACAGAAACCCAGCCUGGACGUGUCUCCUCAGGUAGAAUCUGACCCAGCUGCUCCUCCUCACCACUUCCCCUGCUCCCCCUGUGUUCCGGGCCCCUGCACUCCUGCUCCCACCGCUGCUCCCAUGCUAAGCACUAACCUUUGUGCAGCCGCCUCCCCCGCUGCUGCCACUGCUGCCGCCACCACCGCCACCCCAUCUGGAUUCUUGGGGCUCACCAACCCAUUCCUCACCCCCUUGAAGAGCAACCCCUUCUUCGAGGAGCUUGUAGCACUCGAAGCACUAAACUUUCCUUCACCUGCUCCCUCUCUCCCCAGUGCCUCGAGGGCCAGCCCCACACCCCUGGCCUCCCUGGGGAAAGCCCUGCCUGAGUGGGAUGACGUCUUUGCUGCCACGGCCAGGAGCGAGAUCCUGGCCCCCACAGGAGUGGGGCUGGAGGCGACUGGGCUGCGAGACCCUGGCCCUGGGGCCGUGACAGUGGAGGCAGCUGAGCCCCAGGGGGACCCUGGGGGAGGAGGAAGAGGUGGGAGCAGCAUGUGGCUGGAGCCCAGGACUCCUAUGGACUUGGGACUGGACCACCAGAGUGCCAGUGCGGCCGGCCCGGGGGCCCUCGGGAUGGUGGGGGCCAUCCUGUCCUCCGCACCAGCCCGGCUCCACCUGAGAGCCUCUGACUCAGAACCAGACGGGGAAAUGCCGGCCGCAGGAGGGGAAGCAGGGCAGAGUCCAGCAGGCAGCGCCGCGUCUCUCUUUAGCUCCCCAGAAGUGAUCAGUGUGUGGGAGAGGCUGCCUGGCCCCGAGGAUGGCCCCAAGGACCUGGACGGGGAGGCCUUCCCAGAAGAAAGCCACAUUUUCCAGGAACUCAAUAAGGCCGUGGAUUCCUGGCCUUGGGAUGUAGUCACCGUGUCUCCCACAGCUGAGAUGUCCUCACCAGUCUUGCGUGGACAGCCUGAUGAGCUGUCACCUCCCCAGACGCAGCCAGAAUCACCAGAAACGGAGAGCCCCAAGGAGGGCGAGAGGCUUCCUCCGCUGGUGCUGGGGCCGGAGCCAGAGCCGGAACCUGAGUGGGUGUCAGAAGAGGGGCCACAGCCCAGCACGCCACCUCCCAAGCCCCCACGCCUCUUCAUGCCCUCAGAUUCCCAGGAGGAGGAGGAGGAGAAGGCUGCGGGGGGAAUGAGCAUCAGAGGGGCAGAGACAAGAGAAGAUGCCCUCCCAUGUGCACUGGAUCUUGAGCCCCAGGAGGCCAAGGAGCUGGGAGGGAAGGCCGAGUCGGAGGAGUCGGACAGUCAUUCUUCUGAGACCCUGCUGGGUGAGCCCGGCUUGGAAGAUCUAGUGGAGGAUGCCAGCCCCCCUGUGCCUGGGCCCUGCCCAGCCCUGCCCACCACUUGCCCGGAGGUUCCUGCCCCCUUCCCCUAUUACUCAGAGAGCUCAACUCUUCGGAGUCAGGAGGUCUGGGGGCCUCCAGAGAGAGAAGGCCCCGUGGCUCCUGAGGCCCAGAGCCAGGGACCAGUAGGAGAGGGGGUUAGUCCCCUGUCAGUCAGCUCCCAACCGGCUGAUCUGUGGGCCUCUGAGGAGGAUGCCUUGAGUCCCUUCUUGUCUCCAGGGAGCCAAGAUCCCCCCAGCUUCCCAUCCAUCUCCCCUCCAGGGUCCAGGGAAUCUUCUAUCCACUCUGGUCCAGAAGAGCUGCCCACUUGCCCAGAACCUGCCUUCCCCCGUCCCCCUCUCCCACCCCAGGCCAGCCACCUCCUUGGGGGGCCCAGCCCUCAGUGGUCUUCCCUGCCCGGGGCCUGGCCCCCGGCCUCUUCCUCCCCACCCCCUGGGGAGCCAGCCUCACCCUCUGGCCCCCUUGAGCCCUCCCCCACUGAGGGCUCCCCUGCCCCACUUGGGGACGACCGCGCUGCAGCCACCCCAGCCUCCCUGCUUGUGCUUCUGCCCUUGGAGACACGACCAGCUGAGGAGCCGCCACCCAGUGCCAGUCCCCACCCUGUGAAGCCCCUCAGUGCUGCCCCUGUGGAAGGCAGCCCCGACAGGAAGCAGCCGCGCUCCAGUCUGAGCACAGCCCUGAGCAGCGGGCUGGAGAAGCUGAAAACAGUCACCUCUGGCAGUGUGCAGCCUGUGGCUCCUGCCCCCCAAGUUGGCCAGGCUGUGGACACCAAAAGGCUGAAGGACUCAGGUGUGCUGGACCAGUCAGCCAAGUACUACCACCUGACCCACGACGAGCUGAUCGGCCUGCUCCUGCAGCGGGAGCGGGAGCUGAGUCAGCGGGAUGAGCAUGUGCAGGAGCUGGAGAGCUACAUUGACCGGCUGCUGGUGCGGAUCAUGGAGACCUCACCCACAUUGCUGCAGAUCUCCCCUGCCCCCCACAAGUAGCCAUUCUCUCCCCCCCAUCCCUGGGAGGGUUGGCGUGAACCCGCUGCCCAAAUGGGGCACACGCCCUCCUCUCUUCCGCUGAACUCACUCUCAUCUGGGGCAGGGCGCAGCCAGUGUCCUCUGUCCCUCCUUGCUCCCCUUGCCCUCCUGCCUCCACCAGGGCUGCUGGAAGGGGCUCCCUUUGGACUCCCAUGGGGGGUGGGGAUCAGGCUCUGUGCACAACAGUGUAUCUCUGGGAACCUGGGUCUUUCCCACCUGCCUCUUUUCAUACUACUUAGCUUUGGGGACUCUGGAGAGUUGGAACAAGGAAUUCAGCCAUGAAGAUGGAGCAGGGGUGAGCCACAGUUUGAUGUGGUAUCAGGGGUGAGAUUGGUUGCUGGCACAUACUUUAUACCCCCCUUUCCCAAAGACGGUCAGCCAUUUCUUUCUACCGCCAAACCCCCAUCCUCUUUGUCUCCCUCCAGACUGUGGAAGGGCUCCUAGUAUUACUGGGGCCAGGCAGGGACGAAGCUGCCUGUUUGGGAGUUACAGGCAACCAGGGUGCCUAUUCUUCAGCCUCAUGUCCAUCCCAUAGAGGGCAAGGGGGCCCAUGUGGCCAAGUCUCUGCUGUGUCCUGAGUCUGUUUCUGUCUCCAGCUGUUUGCAGCGUGAGUGUGUGUGCAUGGGGGCAGAUGACUGGCCGUCCUGCAGGCUCCUCUUCUCACCUUUCCAUUGCCUGUCACGUGUCACAUGUGAAUGUGUGAGGGGUAGGGGCAGGGGGGGAGAGCCCUGCACUCUCACCCACCUCCAAGGUGUGUCCCCCUCCCCCUCUGUGGGGGUUCGAGCCUCUGUCUUGGUUCUUGUUGUCUGUCCAGAUGCCAAAACUGUGCUGCUUCAGGGUUUGAACUUUUGGAAACCAAUUAAACUGUGCCUUCCUUGAGAGAGGUCAGGAACCUUUGGCUGUAGGCCCUCCUCCCUUGUGGCAUCCCCUCCCCUUCCCUCCCUGCUGAGCACAAGGGGAUGAGCCUGCGAGGGCUGGGAAUGGACAUGGAGAUGGUUGCAGUGUGGCACUCUCCCUCUCCCUUUGGGUUAAUUUCAGUUAAGGGUCUGGGCAGGCUGCUGCUGUUCCCACCACUUCUCUGCCUUUGUUCCCCUCCUCCCUCAGCCUAGAUCAGGAUUCUCGCAUAAAACCACAUUCUGUAAGGGGGAGGGCCCGUGGUGCCUCGGAAGACACCUAUACUUAGGAAGUUUUUGUUGCUCUCCCAUCCAGUCACCAUGCUUCUGCCCCAGCCUGUCCCUCCCGCCCUUUGGCCUUGCCUGUCUUGGCGGCAGAGUGCACUUUGACACACUGUGUCUGUCCUUUGGUCCAGGCCACCCCGGUUUGCUUGCCGAAAGCACAACAGCCUUCCUCUCCUCAUGGCAUCUGCAGGGCGCCUUUGGUGGCUGGGGGCCCCCUGCUUUAGUAAGUGUGUGUAUGGGGGGGGGUGAAGAGGUACUGAAGGGGGGAUAUUCUCGCCCAGUGAGGAGGGGAGAGCUCCUCGGGGACUGCCUUUUCUUGGUGAGAGGGACUUUUAAAGCUUUGGGGGAGGACAUGUGCUCUGUGGGUGAUAUUUCUUCAGCCAGGAUAGAGCAGAGGAGCGUCAGAUGGGGGAGAGCCCCUGAAAUGUCAUCGCCCUUAAGGACCACUCACCAAAGCUCAGAAUAUUCACAGGUGCCCAGGACUCGGGUCACAUUUUGGGGGAGUCACUGGGAGUUGCAUAGUGUCUCUUCUGGAGGGGAUGGGGUAUUCCUCUGUGAUCUGUUGAGCCCGGGCCCUGACCCCGAUUUCCUAGAUGUCUUUGACCGCGGUCUCCUGCGUGCCAAGGGCAGGGACGUCUCCGGAAGUUUUUGAACUGAAGCCCUAGGCUCUUGUUUGAUGUUUCUGCUCCUAGCCCCAAGAUGGAGGGGAGCAGGUAGGCGGCUGGGUGGGGAGCAGGCAGUUCAGCUUUGCUGUUUGUCUUCCUAGUUGUAACUCCUGUUUAUAAAGAGCUUGUUCUUCAUGGUUUGAGCACUUUAUGAAGAAUAAAAAGUCCACGUACUGCA